AUGAUGAAGCACACAAUUAUCUUGAUCAUUCUUGCAUCUUUGUGGACUUGUUAUGAUGCAAUAGACACACUGAAACCAGGGGACACUCUCAAUUCCACAAGUUCCUUGGUAUCAGCAUUAGGCAAGUUCACUUUGAAUUUCAUUACAAAACCUGUCGGCAAUUCGGAAAUGAGCUUUCUUGCUAUCCUGCGCAUCAAAACUGAAGCAAACAAAGCAUGGAUUGCGAACCCACACUCACCUGUUUUAUCCUCUUCAUCCCCACUUCUUACCUUGGACUUCAAUAACACAUUGAAAAUUACUCACCGAAAUGGACACCCUUUUAUCCUUUCUGCUCCAAACACUACUAGUAUUACUAGUGUUGUGGCUACCCUUUUGGAUUCCGGCAAUUUUGUCCUUCAAGAAGUGAGCCCUGUCAAUGGAUCCACGAUCCAAAUCUUGUGGCAAAGUUUUGAUUAUCCAAUGGACACAUUUUUACCAGGCAUGAAAUUGGGUGUUGACCAUAUAAAUGAGCACGUUUGGUCUCUUUUAUCAUGGGGGUCUAGCGACAACCCUGUGUUGUCGGGGCCUUUCAGCCUUGAUUGGGAUACCAAUGCACACCAAUUGAAAAUUAAGAAAAGUGGGGUUAUUUUUUGGACUUGCGGGGUCUUUGCAGAGGGGAGAUUCGAAUAUAUUAAGCAGAGGUACAAUUUUAGCAUCGUUUCAAAUCAAAACGAAGACUACCUCACUUAUACUAGUCUAGAUGAUCCAAAUGAUCCUGAGCCAGAAUGGGUGCUAUACACCAGAGGUGCACUUUAUGAGUAUGGUGCCCAAGUUGAUAUUAUACGAGCACAAAACUGUGAUGGCUAUAACACUGUCGGAGGGUGUGUGAGAAGGGACCGCCCAAGCGAUUGUGUUGGGAAAUUAGGUGAUGAUUUUGAGAUUAAAAAAGGUAACUUCACGAUCAUCAAUUCUGCUAAUGCUUCGAGACCUGCGAACUGGAUUGGUACUGGUAGCGAAGAUUGUAAAGUUACUUGUUGGCAAAACUGUGACUGCCUUGGAUUCGACUUUCCAUUUGGAAAUCAGACUACUGGUGCAGGAUGCCGAUUUUGGAGUGUGGACUGUGCAUUCAUUGAAGACCUCAGUACUGCAACUCAUAGUUUUGUUGUGCCAAACUCAGUAACGCUGCCACCAAAAUCACCAGAUUCACCACCUCGCGGAAAGAUUAAUGCAACGCAUAAGGGGUUAUGGAUUGGCACUUCUAUUGCCGCUCUACUGGUAAUUGGGUUUUGCAUAUUGUGCUAUCGACUAAGAGGAACAAAAUUUAUGCUUUCAGCAGGCAAGAACGGGACAAAGAUUCAGAAAAUAUUGCUUAAGUUCAUGAAAUCUGAAAGACCUACUGAUCAUGUUAUUGCGAUUGAAAAUGAUCAUGGAAAUAUUAGACACCCUGAUUUAAGCGUAUUUACCUAUGAAUCUGUCUUGGCUGCCACAAGCAACUUCUCUGAAGCAAACAAGCUCGGCCAAGGGGGCUUUGGUCCUGUUUAUAAGGGGAAAUUGGCAACAGGACGAGAAGUAGCUGUGAAGAGGCUUUCAAAAUGUUCAGGACAAGGCACGGUGGAGUUUAAGAAUGAAUUGAUACUCAUAUAUGAACUCCAACAUACGAACCUUGUUCAGCUAUUUGGAUUUUGCAUUCACGAAGAAGAGAAGAUGUUGAUAUAUGAGUACAUGCAGAACAAAAGCUUGGACUACUUUUUGUUUGGUUGGGAACUCAAGCUACUUUAA